AUGGCCUCUCCAUCUGAUCCUUUACUCCACGAGCACACUGGUCCCAGAUCUCUCCGCCAGCGACCAAUAUAUCUGCCCGAGGAACAAGGACAACGCAUCAUCGCCCAGUGGAGACGGGCGGCGCGGGAUUUCUUAUCGUCGCGACGAGGUCAUUAUCUCGUCCUGUUGCUCGUUUCUGUCGAUGUCGCUUGUACCUUUGCCGAUUUUCUGAUCGAGUUACAUGUCUGCGAGUUAACGAAACAUGGUUCUCACGUAGCCAUCGGUUGGGGGGUUACUCAGAAGGUACUCGCCAUCGUUGGGUUGGUAUUCUCGUGCCUCUUCAUGCUGGAAUUGAUGGUUACUGUGUUCAGCUUUGGAAAAGGCUACUUCUCAUCCAAGUUCCACGUCUUUGAUGCGCUUGUGAUUAUUGUCGCAUUCGGGGUCGACGUUGCCCUGCAUGGCAUAGAAGAAGAACUGGGGUCUCUGAUCGUGGUACUCCGGUUAUGGCGUGUGUUCAAGAUCAUCGAGGAGCUGCAGUCGGCCAACGAAGACACGCUGGAGGAGUAUGAGCACGAGAUCGAGAGACUUCGACAGGAGAAUACUUAUCUUCGCCAGAGACUGAACGUGUCUCUAAGCAAUGCUGAUCCUAUGGAUUAG